AUGGCUAUCUCCAUCCCCAUUGACGCGAUCACUUCACGCUUCGGCGAUCGCUUCAACAACAUCCGCAGCCAGUCGCUGAGCACCCGCUUCGCCAACCUGCGCCCCGUCUCCGAGUUCCUCGACCUCAAGCGCCUGUCCAAGCCCGCCAACUUCGGUGAAGUCCAGAGUCGCGUUAACUACAACCUGUCCUAUUUCUCCAGCAACUAUGCCGUCGUCUUUGUGAUGCUCAGCAUCUACAGCUUGUUGACCAACCCGCUCCUGCUGUUUGUCAUCAUCUUCGUGACUUGCAGUCUCUACGGAAUCGGGAAACUCGAGGGCCGCGAUCUGGACGUCGGCUUCCGUCGUUUCAACACCUCGCAACUCUACACUGGAUUGCUGUGCAUUGGUGUGCCCCUGGGUAUCUGGGCUUCUCCGAUUGCCACGGUUCUCUGGUUGAUUGGCGCGACGGGCGUGACUGUUUUUGGCCACGCCGCGUUGAUGGAUAAACCAAUCGAGAAUGCUUUUUCCGAGGAGGCGGUCUAG